AUGUCUCACUCCAAACGUUGUAAAGGGCGGAGUACGGAUGAAACGCUGUUGAAGUUCAAAUGCGAUGUGUGUGGCAAAAUAUUGUCGAAGAGCAGUCACUAUCACCGUCAUUUGUUGCACCAUUAUGAUGUUCGCGAAUACUGCUGCGAACAUUGUGGACAGAAGUUCGUGCAAAAAGCCCAUUUGAAGCGACAUGUCAAUACGCAGCACGAAAUAUAUUUCGCCGGUCAUAUAUGUCAGAUGUGUCACAAGGCUUUCAGUACCGGCUGGCAGUUGAACCGUCAUGUGCGGCAGGUUCAUCCAGUUUUGGAGCCGGAGAGUUGGAGAUGCAUGAUCUGCGACAAGACGGACUUUUCCAGCUUGCACGAUCGUGAGAGACACCUGCAACAGCAUAUGGGCCUAAGGCCAUUUGUUUGUGAUCAUUGUUUGUCUGCAUUCGCUCGACGUUCAGAGCUCAAAUGCCAUCUGGCGUCCAAACAUAACCUUGGCCAGUUUUUUACAUGUAUCCGGUGUAACCAAACGUUUCCUCAACGCACACAGGUCGACCGACAUCUCAAGAAGUGCUUUGCUCCUCGCUCUGAUGAUCAGCUUUGUCCUACAGAGGAAAAUUUCGAUUGCACAGCUGCAGUCUCUUGCUCGUAUAGAAAAGAGUCGGAUUGUGAAUGCUCAGCAUCGUUCACAGAGUUAUCAUCCUCUUUCCAGGCGGUUGGUCAUAGCAAAUCUGACCAAAAUAUUUUCGCGCAUAAAACGACGUCUAAACAGUGGCAUUCUUUCUACCUUGUCAGUGCAGAGAAAACGUUUGGAAAGGAGAAUCCUCUUCUAUCCACGAAACCUAUCACCCGAAUGUUGACCGUAACAAAUGAGAACGAGAACCAGAACCACCAUGCAUCAUCUAUCGAGCCGUGCCGUAACAUUCGAGUGGCAGUGAAGAUCAGUGAAUCUUCCAGACCGGUGUCCACCCUCGAACUUGGACCUCUUCUUCCGGCACGUUUACUCGACCUUUGCCCAGAAUUCAAGGUUCUUCAGGUAAAAGUUGCGGACAAGGUUUUUCGUGCUGGCGAAACGAUUUUGUUUGAUUUACCAGUGGAAAACGCUGGUAUUGUCGCUGACGAGGCCUGUAUAAAUCAGUACAUUACCAUAAAUUACAAAGCAUGA